AUGUCCAACCUCAGUGAGGCAGAACUCAUUCACAAGUUUAAGGGGAUUUCCUUUACCUCCAGGUCUUCUCCAGAGCUUUUAAAUUCCUUGGAUGCUUUUGAUGCUAGAGAAGAUGAUGUCCUUUUGGUUUCCUACCCCAAAUCUGGCACUCACUGGCUUGCAGGAGUCAUAACAAAGCUUUACAAUACUCCUGUUACAUUAACAACUCCCAUUGAACUUGGAGACAUGUCCAAACUGGAGGAACUGAAUCAACUGUCGUCAAAGAGAAUCAUUCCAACACACUUAGACUACAACAUGUUGCCUCAACAUUUUAAGAAUAAAAAAUGCAAGAUGAUCUAUAUCAGCAGAAAUCCAAAAGAUACUGCAGUGUCCAUGUAUCAUUACUACCGAGAGAAUCCAAACCUUCCCACUGUAGAUACCUGGACUGUUUUCCUUGACUUGUUCUUAAAAGGAGAUGUUGUCUGUGGAUCCUGGUUUGACCAUUUCCUAAGUUGGGAAGAACAUAAAAAUGACAAAAAUAUACUGUUUUUGUUCUAUGAAGACAUGAAAAAGAAUCUCCCAAAGAUUGUGAAGGAAAUCAGCAUAUUCCUGGGUAUAAGCAUCAGUGAUGAAGAUAUCCAAGAUAUCUGUAAGAAAUCAUCCUUCUCAGAGAUGAAAAAGGACACAGAAAAAGAAAACAGUGACCCCAGUCACACCGUCUGUGCCCUGACAUCCAACAGGAAGCUAAUUUUCCGAAAAGGUACUGUUGGUGACUGGAAGAACCAUUUCACUCCAAAACAGAACUUACAGUUUGAUGAAGUAUUCAGUGAGAAAAUGAAACUCAGCAAAAUGGCAAAACAUCUCACCUAUGAAUUCUAAAUUCAUAGAAGAACAAUACUUAACCAAAAAUGCAGAUAGAGAAAUUUUGGGAAAAUCUGGAUGAGAGCUAAAAGAAGUUCAAAGAAAAACAGCUGCUCUUGGAACUGAUUCCAUGAAGGUGGAAGAAGCACUGACCACGUUCAUUUACCUUGUUUACAUACAUUUAUCUUACCUAUCAGCCUUACUUUUCACAUAGUCAAACAAUAGAAAUGUGAAGAAGGCUUGUAAAAUAGAGAUUUGGGGACAGGAAAAUUCUGGCACAAUGCUGGAACUGAACUCAAUCGGAGGACAUAUCUACAUGGUUUUAUAGCCAGGUGUCAGACCCAUUUUUUUUUUACAACUAGAUCUACUUCAACAUUUAUUUAUUUUUUGCUCUAGGUGUA